UGAACUCACGACCCCUGGUUUACAAGACCAGUGCUCUAACCACUGAGCUACAAGGCCAUGUCAUGGUUGACGCUUGACCUUCCACAACCCGGAAGUUAUUGGCACACACCGCAAGAAACCCAACACUUUCGUGCUUCACACAGGUUCGGUGCUGAGCAGCCCGUGAUGUGAUGAAAUGAAGAUAGGUGAGAAGGUCGUCUCUUAUUUUGAAUCAAGCGACUCACCUGUGGACAAGGAAGGCUAUCUCUUUAAGAAGGGUGACAUCAGGCCUUCCUAUCACAAGCGUUGGUUUGUUCUGAAGGGGAACCUCCUCUUCUAUAAGGACCACCCGGAUGACCGUGACCUCAUCGGAGUCAUUGUUCUGGAGGGCUGCACCGUCCAGCUGUGCGAGUCCGAGGAGCAGUUCGCCUUUUCGCUGGUGUGGAGCGAGCUGGGCCUGCGGCCCUACAAGUUCGCCGCCGAGGACCAGGCCGGCCAGGAGAGCUGGAUCAAGGCCCUGCUCUCGGCCAACCACGGCUACUUGUCUCUGCUGGUGAUGGACCUGGAGAAGAAAUACAAAGAAACAUUAGAGGCUUUGUUCAUUGACCCAGCCAACGGCGGCGCCACCCCAAAUGCGGAUCGUCAACUGAGCCCACAGUUGUCCACAUUGACCCGGAACUCAGCAGGAGCUGUGGCUGCAGGCCCCAUCCCGAGCUCCAUCACGACUCUCAAAACUCCGGCCGCUCCCCUCAAAUCCACCGUUAGACGGUCGCCCAAGCUGUGGCCCAAGAGGACCGCAAACGUGACGCCCAUUACCGGCCCUUGCCCGCCCACGGGGGACUGGUCGGCAGUGUGUUCUGGCAACUGGGAGGAAUUCAGCAAAUUGCACGAUGAUUUUGGAAAGGAAGUCAAGGACCUGAUCGCCGAUUGGUCAAGAAGCAAACGAACCAGCCAAGUGACUCUGAACGAAAACUUGAUAGAUUUGAGUGGUUUUGAGUAAACUGGUCCGAUAGAAUUUUCCAGAUCUCAUUUCAACAAUAUGUGCUUUCAAUGCAGUGUUAUCAUAUAUACAGGCAAGCCCGAAACGAUUCAUAACCUGGAGUUAAAUCGAGGGGUUAUGUACUGAAUAUGUAUCCUCUGGAUGUAAAAGGAAAUCUAAGUGGCAAAAAUUUAAGAUGUUAUGUUAAGUGUAGCUGUCUCAGCAGGUGAGAUGUUUUCUGAUUGGUACUUGACACACCGUGAAAACUCAAAACAAAAACUAAAAACAAUAUCAGUCCCAUAAUAAUGACAAAUUAGAGUGACGCUUCCAAGUACAAAGAAAUGACGUUUCACUUUCAUUCCGCUUGCUGAGGGCGCCGAUCGAAGAUUCAAGAUCUAAACUUUGUUUCUCCUUUCCUGUCGCUAACAUUCAAAGUUUGAAACGCUCUUAACGGAACGAUGAAUACAAAUGCAAUGACUGUCAAUAGGUAAAAGCGAAGAAUGUUUACCUUUGAUCUGUCAUGUUCAUGAUUUUGAGGUUCAGGACCUUUAGUUCCUUAAAGCUCUUGUCUGUCACUAAGUCUCGGAGAGGACCUUUAGUACCUCUGAUUUUGAUCAUCGUAAGACGGGAUUUGUUUCUGAAGAUUUAUGACUUGGACGUAAUGUUCUAAGCGUGUCAUCUCUACUACUCGUUUUCCUAUGUGACAUUGUUUGAAAAAGUUUACCAAAGUUUUAUGAAUACAGAAUACAUGUCAUUUACAUUAAGAGAUAUUAUUUCAAAAAUAUGUAUAUAUUUUGGAUUAUUAUUUUUUUUUUUUUACAAUUUUACAUUUUUUUGUUACUUUUUCCAAAUAUAAACUGUAUAAAAUGUAUAGUCGAUAAGAAUGCUUUAGAAUAUUGCUACAAGUUACCAGCAUUGUGAAAAUAUUGAAUUUUUGUCAUAACUAUCUCUUAGCACCACUCCCUAAGACACUUUCUUGUGUCAUUCACCAAAUAAAAAUUCAUGUUAACUCAAAAAGGUGGCCCUAAAUUGUAUGUUAGAUAUGCAGCAGUCUUAUAUAGCGUCUUUUUUUUUCGGAUCUUCCAUGCUGAAAGUCAAUUAAAGAGGCCUAUAAAUGAAUCUUCAUCUCGGUAAAAACUAAUAUUGACUUUUGAGUCAUAAGGAGCAAUACCUUGACAUGCUUUUUUAAGUAACAAAAGAAAAAAAUGAUUUCUUGAUGUGUAUUUGUCAAAUGCAGACAGUUGUUAAAAGGGGAACAAAAGCGGCAGAGCAGGCCAACAUGUAGGAAGUAGUCAAACUUUAGAAGUAAGCUAAAAUGGUUGAGAACGAGAACGGCGGCAGGAGGAGGCGGCGGCUAUUUCGGUGUGUCCAGCUGUCUUGUUUUUAUGGUCUUUCUGUGUCUCUCUUUUCACCUUCACCAUGCUCGAAGUGCUGGCGACCUUCAUUCAGUCCACUCACCAGUCGCUGCCGGCUUCAUUUGCGGCGCUUCAAACGGAACAAAAUCCAAUUGAAUGUUAAGCUACUGAUCCUAUUGGGAUGUGUUUUAUGUGAGUCAAAAACAUAGUAUCAGUUCACUUUGGACUCACCAUACAUGCUUUCGCUGUACAUUGGCAUGAUUGAUGGCCCCCCAGUAGGGCUCAUAUAUGGAGUGAAGUGGGUGGGCCUCUUUCGUGCAGUUUGAAAGCGACUAUAAUGGGCACGCGGCCCAAAUUAGUGCAACCCCAAAAAGUGCUCAUUCAAUCAUUUUUAAGAAACUUUUUGCCUUGUCUUCCAGCCAUUCUACGACAUAUAAAUUACUAUAUCACAUGA